AUGGUGACGCCCCCGUCUGACCCGCGGGGCUUCCAACGCGAUAUCGAGCAGACCUUGCCUGGCGGCCAUGUCACCGGGAACGCCCCUGAGUGGAAGCCGGCUUGGGCCGUGUUCCACCUCAAGGCGUUCCGUGGCCUGGAGUGUCAAGUUAUUGAAGUGCAUUGUGGAUGGGACGAUGAGCAGCUGCUUAAGGCCCUGAAGGAGGCGUACAAGGCGCUGUGCGGGUGGCAUCGCAGCUGCCUGUCGCCGAAGGAGCUGAGGUGCGUGAACGACGCGUUCAUAUACCCGCAACGUGUCGGCCCCGGGCGCACGACGCCGCACCGCAACAAGCGCCUGCGGUACCUGCUCGCGCACCCGGAGCACGUCCGCGGCGAGCACGCGUUCAUGCGCGCGCUGACGGAGUCGCCCGAGCACGGCGUCGAGUUCGUCGAGCGCUGGAACCUGUGGGUCGUGUCCGCGGUCGUGCUGGGGCUCGCGCUCGUCUCGCUCUCUAUCGCGCUCGCGUACGGGUGGUUCACGGGCGACUGGCCGAACGGGUUCACUAUUGCGUCGUUCUUUUCGCAGACGUUUGCGCAGAUCCUGGUGCUAGUAGGCCUGUUGGAGUACUGUGAGUUUUGA